ACAAAGCGCCCCACUAAAAGCCUGGAAGAACUGGCAAUCAUUGUUGAAGUGCUGGAGGAGGAUCUAAAAACCAGCAACGCAUACUGCUUCUCACGCAAAACUUCUCCCCCUGCAGUUCUCCCAUGUCUCCGGGAAAUGACAGGGUACAGCAGUGACGAGGUCUGAUGAAAUGAUCCCCAGCCCACAGCCCUACAUGAGCUACUCGCCAGGCACCAACUCCCACAGGCCCUGUCCCCUCCCAGGUUUCAUGCACAACACAGGCAUCCAGACAUCCUGCAUGGACCUGCACAGAGACGGCACAGAUGUUGGAUGUGUAGAUGAAUGGUGUGGGCUGCAAAGCUGGGACAUGGAUGGCUCUUCUUUUUUCUGGACACAGCUGCAGAGAGAAGAGAGUCAGCUGUGGGACAUCUCAGAUUGCAGAGCUGCUGUUCCACUGAUGAACAUGGAAGGAAUGCGCUCCAUAAAGUGGUGUUGUGUUGGGAAGAAGCGCUCUUGGCAUAUGCCAUCGCAAGAAGAAUGGCAGAGCACUCAACAGCCUGGAUGUCAAGACUCAGAUGGAAUGACUGCCCUCCUUUAUGCCGCUAACCACAACCAGCACUUGAUUGUGGCUGAUCUGAUCCAUCUGGGAGCCAGCAUCAAUGAGAGGAACAAUGAAGGGAAGUCCUGUCUUCACCUCAGUGCUGAGAAAGGCUAUAUCCAAGUCUUGGAGGUUUUGAAACGUGUGAUGAUGGAGGGUGUCUACGUAGAUGUUGAAGCCACUGAUAACUGUGGAAUGAGUGUGCUUCAGUGUGCCUCGGUGGCUCUCAAGACCACAGUAUGUGAGCUGGAAAGCAGUGAAUCUGCCAGUCACACCAGACUGCACAUGCUCCGCAAAGAGCAGAUGCUGGAGACGCUGGAGUGUCUACUGCAGAUGGGCAGCUACCUUCAUACCAUGGGGUGCUGGGGAAUGCAACCUAGAACUGCUUAACCGUGAGCACAUCUGCCUGGCAGGGCAAUUUUGCGACCCAACAGUAAUGUUCUGAGUUGAUUCAGGCUGGACUUUGCCAUGGGGAGAACCUGCUGACGGAAGUUUUCAGGGCUUUUUUUUCUCUCUCUGUGUGUGCAUCCUGGCCUGAUAUGUAAAGCAUCUGAUGAUCUGUGUGUGGUAAGAAUGUCUGACUUGCAACCAGACAUUGUUGGAACCUGCACAGAAACAUUAGGUGCCCAUGAGCUGGUUUCUGUGAAACUUCCAUUGUUUGUUACAUUGGAGUAACAAGUUGUCCUCAGUUAGUGUGUCUUUGGAGAUCCGGGUGUACAAGAGACAUAUUUAUGAAAUAAGAAACUGCCUGUGCAUUUAGUAGAUUAAACCUGUAAAAUAAAGUUCAAAAGUUAUAAUAAAGUUAGAUAAGUUCUGAAACAGUGUCUGUAAUGACAAGCUGAGGCUGAACAACAACCUAGUGAGACUGUCCAUAAACACAAACAUUUCUAUACAUAAAGGAAAAAUUAGUGAGAACUAGUUAUUCAGUUACUAAAAUUAAUCCCCCUGUGGCACUCAUCUAUUAUGGGUCAAAAAGUGGUUGAUUGUUAAGAUAUAAUGAUAAAGAUUUGCAGCAGAAGUCAAUAGCCAAUAAAUCAACUGAUAUCACCCAACAGUGAUGUGAAAUUAACAGUCUUUGUAUGUGUAAGAAACUGGAUGAGCACUGAUCUGAACAUUAAAGGCAAAGUAAUAAAUGCUUAAAUAAUUGAAUGAAUCUGAAACUUAACAUCAUUAACUGAAAGACUAUGUGUAAGUGAUUGUGAAACACUUUUAAGCUUUGAUUUGCUAUUAGCCUAAUAUUAGCCGUUGAUGAUCUGCAGAUGUUAUCAGUCUAUUGCUUCCAUUCAUAAGGAAAAGCUAAUUCACACACAAAUUUUUCUCAAAGAGAAGUUGAGUCUAAAAUGUACACAAUGACCUUCAAAGGACUUUUAACACAAAAGGACAUUAUAUGUUUCAGUAACAUUGUAUGGUGUUGAGAACAGUUUGCUUCAAAUAAAUAGCCCACAAAGUACAUAUAUUCCUCUCUUGUGUUGGGAUUUAAUACUGUGUCAAAUAACUCUUCAUGUAGCACAAGAUUUGAGAUUAUGCGGCUGAUUCAUCAGUUGAUAGAGAGGCAAAAAUAUACACUUUGAUCUUCAAAGUAUGAGAGAACAGUACAUUAAAAUGAUAUGAUGAUGGAUACAGUUUGAUCUGACUGUUUUCUCAUAACUAACCUACUUAAAAAACAACAUAUGCUUGUAAUGUGUUGGGAUUCAUGACUGUCAUUACUGUGAAUUACUGUAUCUAUUUCUGUGGCUCUUUGUCAAGCCUGUGGUUAUUUACACCUGUACAAUAUGUUCUUUUCAUGGCAGAUAGUACGUAAGACGAUCUGUCUUUGAACUGUAUUUGUGAAUUAUUGCAUAGCAGAGUCUUGUUUUCUUGUUCAUGGUCUUAUGGAGGUGAGAACACACAGUGACACAGUGUCUCUGAUGUUCUUUCUUUUAAAUGAAAAAUUACUCUUUAAUAAUCCAGUGGUUUCUUGGAUUUGUGAUGUAAACAAAAUAUGUUAUCUUUUUAUCAUUCUUUGUUGUAGUCAUUAAUACACCGCUGGAUUCUUUCUGUAAAGGUUUGCAGUUGUACAUCAGUUACUCUGAUAGUUUUUAUGCAAAUCCAGCUGCUUCAUGUUAAUGUGUUGAAUUUUCACAUUUUUGCUGCAUUAUUACAAGCAUGUGAACCAAGGUUAAAUGAAAUAGUUUUUUCAAGUGUGACACUACAGUUUUACAGUAUUUCAUUGUCAUUAUAAGAUGUAAAAUGACUUUGUAAUCUAAUACACAAUGAGAUACUUAAUCUGUGUAUUUGUUCAUCUUAGCUUUUAAUAAACUUGUGGCCUCA